AUGAUAUUUACCUCUUUAGUUUCAGCCUCAGAGUUUGAGAUGAAAGGCAUUCUGGGUAAUGUAGUAACUGACAGUGGAAGCAGGCUCUUCAGUGUCUGACAACAGCUUUUUAUUAAAGAGUCAGAUCCUUUACUUUAACCAGAAACAUCUCUAUAUAUCUCUACCAGACUCCACUGACAAAAACAGGGAUUUAACCAGGAGCUGCUGGAAUACCACUGCCUCCAUCUGUUAGUGUGUCUGUGUUACUGUGAGACUUUCAGUGGAGGAAGAAGUAAUCAGAUACUUUACUGAAGUAAAAGUACCACAGCAGCAAACUCCUAAAUUAAAAAAUCAAAGUUCAUCAUUAAACGUUAAUUAAAAGCUUGUUCUGGAUUUAGUCACUGUGUUUCUGUGUAGCUCGGCUGAUUUAACUUUAAUAUUCCUAUUGAUCUGUUUGUUAAAUAUUAAUUAUAUUGAUUCGAUCAGAUUUAGAUGAAGAGUAACUACAAAUGACCGCUGCAGUAAUGUUUGUACAGUAACUGAGUAAAUGUACUUAGUUACUUUGCAGAGCUGUAAGUAGUCAGUAACUAUGGCGCUACAUGGACUUCCUGGUUGUCACUGUGAUCAGCUGAUCAUCACCAUGUGACAAUGACGUCAGACGAUCAGCGGACUGUCCCUUUAACAGACUCUGCUGCAGUUCCUGUCACCUCCUGCAGGGGGAGAAGUGACGGAGCCGCCACAACAUCUUUCUACUGUUUCUACUGUUCAGUGGAGACGUGAAGCGCGAGUGUUUGUCCUUUAAAACCCCGCGAGAAAAAUCGGGAUUAUCGUCCACAUCCGGAGCAGAGCUGGACCUUCCCCCCUCCCUCCGCAUCCUCUCCAUCCUCUCCUCCGCCUGCAUCCUCCCAUCCUGCAGACACACACACAGGAGGACAGACAGACAGGUGUACAGACAGACAGGUGGAGCUCCUCCAGCUGCAGUCAUGUCGGUGUCGCCCGCCCUCUCCGACCUCUCUCGUCUCUAUCAGACGGAGUUUGUUCGCAGCGCUCGGGCCGUCGGCGUCCUCUGGGCCAUCUGUACGCUCUGCUUCGCCAUCAUCCAGGUGGUGGUCCUGGUGCAGCCGUCCUGGAUCGGCACCGCAGACAUCCGGCAGCAGGGGGCGCCCAGUGGCACCCUGGGACUGUUCGAGGUGUGCGUGGAGUCAGACUGGCCAGUCCCAGACUGUCGUGGCAGUCUUUCCAGUCUGUCUCCUCUCCCGUCCUUCCAGUCGGUGGCGGUGUUGGUGGGCGUGUCCCUGUGGGCGGUGUGGACCAGCGUCCUCUGUCUCUGUCUCUUCAGGUUCUGCAGCGCCGCCACCGUCUACAAGAUCUGCGCCUGGCUACAGCUCACCGCAGGUUUCUGUCUGGCGUUGGCCUGUCUUCUGUUCCCAGACUCGUGGGAGAGUCCAGAGAUGAGGACUCUGUGUGGAGACUCAGUGGGCAGUUUCUCUCCAGGUAACUGUUCGGUCCACUGGGCCUACGUCCUGGCCAUCCUGGGCGUUCUGGAUGCCGCUAUCUUGGCCACACUGGCGUUCGUCCUGGCCAACAGACAGGACGCUCUGCUGCCGCCGGAUGCCAAGGACGUGACCACAGGUCUGCUGAUGUCAGCGUGAUGUCACCAGGGCUGUUUGGUCUUCACCUCUCCUCUUCAUCUCUCCAUCCUUCAUCAUCAUCAUCAGAGGAGGAGGAGAUACCACCCCCCAUCAUCACCUGGUUACCUGGAAACCACCCCCACCUUCAUGUUGUCACGGUGAU